AUGCGGCUCUUGCAGUACAGCGAAAGCGGAGAGCUUAGUAUCCACAGCUUCGACGAUGGCGACAUACCCCCCUACGCGAUACUCUCACACACCUGGGGCGCAGAUAGAGAUGAGGUGACGUUUGUAGACCUCCAGACAGGCGGUGGCAAGACAAAGUUGGGCUACAAAAAGAUCCUCUUCUGCGGAAAACAGGCGCGGCACGACAACCUCCAGUAUUUCUGGAUCGACACGUGCUGCAUCGACAAGACCAACAAGGCUGAACUCGCCUUCUCCAUCCGAUCGAUGUUUCGCUGGUACCGCAAUGCAGCUCGGUGUUAUGUAUAUCUUUCGGAUGUUUCUAGUCAACCUCCAUUAGUUGAACUUGCGCUCAAAAACAGCAGAUGGUUUACCCGUGGAUGGACAUUGCAGGAGCUUCUCGCACCGUCCAUAGUAGACUUCUUCUCUAGAGAAGGGACCAAGCUUGGUGAUAAGUUGUCGCUAGCAAAAGAAGUGCGUGAAGUUACAGGCAUCCCUAGUCCAGCGCUGCAGGGCGAACCGUUGUCUAGCUUUGGUGUUUAUGAACGCGUCACAUGGAUUGAGCAUCGCACUACGACGGUUCCAGCAGAUCGCGCGUACUCUUUAAUGGGUAUCCUCGGCGUUAGUUUAUCCCCGAUUGAUGGCGAGAAUCUAGCUGAAGCAAUGAAGCGGGUUCUAGACGAGGUUGACAAGCAGAACAAGUGCCUCCAAGACUUGUGUCCUAGCAACCCGCGCAAUGACAAGAAGCGGAUUGAGGAGACUAAGGGCGGGCUGCUUGUGGGCGCCUAUUGUUGGAUCCUUGACAACAAUACCUUCCAGCAAUGGCAGCAAGACCUGGAGAGCCGAUUACUGUGGGUGAAAGGUGAUCCUGGCAAAGGCAAGACAAUGCUGCUGUGCGGCAUCAUCGACGAACUGCAAAACUUGACGCUGAAACCUACCUUUAUCUCAUACUUUUUCUGUCAGGCCACUGACUCGCGCAUUAACAAUGCUACAGCUGUGCUGCGGGGCUUGCUGUAUAUGCUCGUGGACCAGCAACCAUCACUUGUAGUUCAUGUUCGCAAGAAGCACGAUCGCGCAGGCAAGAGCUUAUUCGAGGACACAAAUGCCUGGGUCGCCUUGACUGAGAUCUUCGCCGACGUAUUGCGAGAUGCAAGCCUAAGUGCGACGUACCUAAUUAUUGACGCCCUCGAUGAAUGCGUAACAGACUUGGCAAAGCUGCUUACUUUUAUU